UAUAGAAACAGGAAGAUCCGCGCUCGUGAAGAGACGUGAAUUGAAAUGGAAAGAACAUUUAGCUCUAGACGAUAAUAUUAGGGAGUUCCUUUAAAAUACAGUGAAGAUGGCAACUAGUGACACUCGUUUUGAAAUCGGAGACACUUUAGGAGAAGGAGCUUUCGGCAAAGUAUAUGAGUGCUUUGACAGAAGCGAUAAUGACAAGAAGUAUGCCAUGAAAGUGAUAGAUCUGACAAAGUCAUCAGAAGAUGAACGUGACUUGGCAGAAAAAGAGGCCAAAUUGUUGACAAAUCUGCAGCAUGAAUUUAUACUGCAUGCUGUGACCUCAUUCCAGGAACAGGGGGCACUGUGUAUAGUGACAGAAUUCUGUGACAAGGGGGAUCUAGCACAGUUCCUGGAGAGUAGAAAUGGGGUGUCGCUAGAUGAGCAACGGAUAGUGGAAUGGUUUAGACAAAUCUGCAGCGCUUUAGAGUAUUUGCAUGGAAGACACGUCCUUCACAGGGACAUGAAGACUCAAAAUGUAUUCCUGACUGGUGUGGAAAUGACAGCUAAGUUGGGAGAUCUUGGCCUGGCUAAAGUGUUGGAGAAACCCACACAGAAAGCUGUCACUUUUUGUGGUAGUCCGUACUACAUGAGUCCUGAAAUAUUUGCUUGUAAACCUUAUGACUCUAAGAGUGACAUCUGGGCAAUGGGAGUGUGUGUGUACGAAAUGGCCACCCUGGAGCGACCCUUUGAUGCCACGCUGAUGCAGCAGCUGGUGUUUAAAAUUGUUCAUGGUCAGUUACCCCCGAUGCCCAAGGAUAAGUACAGUUCACAGCUGAUCAACAUCAUGGAGAGAAUGAUGUGUCGGGAAACGGACAAGAGACCCUCAGCAACAGAGCUUCUGCAAGAUGUCCUCUUCAAGAAGCAUAAAUCUCCUCAAGCACCACCUUCAUUACCAGAUAAGAAGGGAGCCUUGGGCAUGAAGUCAAUGCGAGGGAACUCCAUUCUUAUUAGUAAACUAAAUCAGUCUAAAGGAGACAAGUUUGAUAUGAGCAAUCUCAUGGAAACCCUCAGUGAAAAAAUCAGCCAGAAGAAGAAGAAAAAAAUCAAGGCUGCCAAUCCAGAUGGAUUCAGCUCCAUCAUCAACACAGCUAGUGUGCACAGUAAAUUUCUCAAUUCUACCUAUGAAGACGGGAACAAGACAAUCACAGACAAGACAAUGAAAAAAGGCCUGCACGAAAAAGGGAAGUUCUGCAAGAACCCGGGCGCUAGAUCUGUAGCCAGUGCUUCAGACAUUAGCCUUGAAGAGGAUGAUCUAGAGAGUACAAUGAAGGCAGACGAUGAGGCUCGGGCAGCCCUGCCCCCACCCCCAGACCCCCUCCAGAUGAUGAACCUGGUGGUCAGGACUCUCACACAGGUGUUUCCCAAGGGAGGCGGGGCAUCAGGUGGGGAGAUUAGUAUACCAGAUUCUACAAGAAGUGACCCAGAGGCCAUGUUGCUGCAUCAAAUAGAACAGCUACAGAAGCACUGUUGCCAGGUUCUAGGGUACCAACUGUUUGCCAAGGCCUAUGAUGUUUUGGAUCAGACGGACGACAACAUGCAGCUUGAGGAGAAGCUCAUACGUCUCCUGUCCCCCGAGAAGUUUGCAGUUGUCGGAGUACAGCUGUUCUAUUGCAAGAAUUUCGAGUACAAUCUGCAGAAGCUAAAGGAUGGCAGAGGACACUCAACCGCGUAGAUAAGCCAUUUGAUUGGCUGGGUGUUUUAUCUAGAUAUAACAUUGAGUGAAUGAUGUACCAGGUUAACUGACUUUGAAAAUUUAUAUAUUAUUGUGUUUCUUUUCACGAAAGUCUUUGUUUUGUUUUGUAUUUAUUCAUGUUUCUUUGUACAACGACUAAUUUCACAUAGUAACUAGGUUAUAAUUGAUGCUGGUUUUUUGCACAUUGUGCUGUAAAAGACGCUGGUUAAUAAAGCCAAUAGAUAUAAUUCUUGGGCUAACAGGUAGUUUGGUGUACAUACAUGUAACUGUAUAAUAUUAUAUACCAGUAUAUAUUUACCUGUAUGUGAAUAUACAUAUGUAUAUGUGACUAUGACCUGAUGUUCUUGCUGUCUAUACAUGACACAUGUAAAUAUUUUAUCUAUGAACAUCUAAAUUGUUGCUGAGUUUCUUUCUAACAAUAUUGUGCUAUUUGUAUAUUACAAUUAUCCUAGUCUAGAAAACUCUAUCUUGUUGAAUUGAUAAAUCUAAAAAUGAUAAUUAAAACUACAUGUACAGUGUAUGUGACAAGAGAAGCUUGGAAGUCUCAGCAAGACUUGGUAUGUUACUUGACAUGUACUGUUUAUUAUUUGUUACAUGUACAAGUUGAUAGAUGUUGUACAUAAGAGUUUCCAGGAUAGCAUUUUUGUCCAAAAGUUUGUUUAUUCAUAAUAUUAUGAACUAGCUUCCUUGUACCAAAGAAAAUGCUUUGUCUUGUACCUUUUUUAAAUCAAUAGAGAAAAUUCAAUUUGACCAUCCACUUAGUAUUGCAGGCCAUGUCCCUUAAAAUUGGCUGAGAUUGUGCCUUACUAGAAGGCAUGCUGUAUUAUUUAAUGAAUUAUUUCCAAUGUAUGUUUUUCAUGUUUGCAUGAUAUCUGGACUGAUAUUUGCCUGCUUUUAGAAGUGUUAUCAGAAAAUACAUAUUAAGAUUGUUUUGAUCUGUAAUUUUUUUUGGAAUAUAGGUAAAUGUAUAUGCUGUGCAACUCAUGUUAGAUUUAUAUAUGAUAAUCAUAUAUGACUAAACGUUUGGAUUAUGGAAUGAAAAAUAAAAUGUUGAUUCUAGUAGGUUAAAGUAAUCAAAAUAUUGUAUCUCUUUCAUCAUUUUUACAGUUGUGACCCUGUAUUCCCAGUGAAGUUAAUACCACCCUAUACUGUGCAUGUAUCCGUAGUGUCAGUUUUUGAUUUGAUGGAUAGUCUGUUUAAACAAACCAUAGCGCAUUUGGUAGGCAAUUUCAGAUACAUAAUACAUUAUAUGUAGUAGUGAUUUCUGAAAUACAUGUAUAUACAGUUAUUUUAAACAAAUAAUCUGUGCUGUUGAAUAUAUAUUUAAUUUGAAGUAUAUAAAUGCAUUGGCAAAAAGUCAUCACAAAUAAAUUUUGAAAAU